AUGAUUUGCAAAAUAAUCCUCCACAAUGUAGGAACAGCCAUAAAAUCUAUGUUUUAUUGUGACUUCUUCACGUUUGUUGGGGACAUUUACGAUUCUUGACAGACACAGCUGCCUGUGAAGUGAUGCUGAACAACAAACUGACGUCAUCAGGAGGCGACUCUCGCACCUCAAAGAGACAACAUUGCUGAGCACAUUAAAGAAGGCAGAGUGAUUUGAACAGUGAGCUGUUUGCAUGUCACCAGUCACACAUCAGUGUGUGGAUCUGUUCGCGCGCGUGCACCGCGGGAGCAGCCGUCCGCCGCGCGCAACUGUCCGUGCAGGAACAGACAGACAGACUUGGCGAUGAUGGCGGACUGUGUUGGCUUUCAAGCGCAAAUCGCCUCGAUUAUAGAGAUAUUGGCUAAUUCGGCGGUGGCGGAGAUCUGCAAGCUGGUGGACGAUGGGUACGCGGCGCUGCGCUCCCAGAUGGACCAGGAGCGGGAGAAGAGCGAGAAGGAGAACGAUGCCCUGCGGCAGAAACUACGAGAAAUGGAUGUCAAGAUGCGGAGCUACGAGAGGAAGAUGAGGAGACGGAGUCAGCGGGAGGAAAUGCACGCCGUUCAUUUUAGGCCACCCGAAGGACCUGACGACCAUCAGUCUCUGGUGUCACCUCUUCCAGCUGUCUCUGAAGACAAAUCCUUCCAUUGCAUUUCAAAGCAGGAGGAAACCAAUGUGUUGCCACUGGUGAAGCAGGAGAAAGUGGAGAAAAACGACUGCAACCUGGACCUCAAGGUGGAGGUCAACAUCAGGGCAGAGUGUGGCCUGUCUACUGCCCUGGAGCCCAGUGAGGAACCCCCCCCCAGUGAUAUUGUUCUUGACACCAGUGUCACCAACAUCACCUCCUCCACUACCCAGCCCUCUUGCUCCCCCACUGACGCUACAAUGGAUCUGACCUGCAGGCCUCGAGCGAAACGUAAAGCCACCAAGCCUCUGGGCAACAGUUUAACAGUCAGCAGUGGGGGGGUCCCAGCCUCCGAGGCUGCUCGCAGGGACCUUGGAGGGAGCUUAACAGAUGGUGCUCUAAAACCAGAGAUCCAGACAGAUGAUACUACAGAAGAUGAACUUAAUCCCUCUCAGCUGUCAGCCCCUUUAGCCUCAGAUGAGCCCAGCCCCGACCGCCUCAACAGCCUGGGCCUGGACCUGGCCUGGAUGCAGGAGAGGGUCAGCCAUCUUGGUGCAGCGUAUGCAGUAGCACAGCUGGGUUUGGGGAACUCAGAAACUGGCCACCCCUCUGCCUCCUUCCCCUCGCAGGGAGGAGGAGACAGUCUAGAUGGCCCUCCAACCAUGCUCUUCACAGGUGGCGCUCAUGAAAUGGCUGCUUUCGCUGCCUCCUUCGACAUGGCUGCCGCUGCUGCUGCUGUCGUAGCUGCACCACCUCCACCGCCUCCUCCACCCCCUCCCCCUACAGCUCCUUCUGCCACCACUACCAGCCAGAGGCGGCCUUACAGGAGUGGCGCUGCUAAAGAACCUGUGGUGUGCGCUGUGUGCGGGCGUGUCUUCCCCAGUGCAGCCACCCUGGAGCUGCACCAACGGGUGCACACAGGGGAGAGACCCUACACCUGCCCCCACUGUGGAAAGGGCUUUGCCCAGCCCAACAAUCUGCGGGUCCACCUCCUCAUCCACACUGGGGAGAGGCGUUAUCGAUGUACACUGUGCGGGAAGAGUUUCAUCUCAUCCAGCCACCUGAAGAGGCACCGCACAGUCCACACGCAGGAGAAGCCUUACAGCUGCUCACGCUGCGGACAGUCCUUCAGCCAAAUGUGUAGCGUUCGCAGACAUCGGCAGCAGUCCCAGUGUGGCCUGUAGGCUGACCGCUGGAUGAGGUGGCAUCUGAAAGUGAUCCUCGUACAGUUUGGACUCUUUGAAGGGUGAAUGAUUGAAAUCCCUUCAUAUGAGAAUUCUAGCAUCUUAUGUAUGCACGAACAAAUGAGAAACAAGGCUGUAUCCUGUGAUAUCAUGGCACGUAGAGUUGAUAUUUGUCCUAGAUCAUAGCGGUAAUAUGUGAAUUCUGUUUUUAGGUGGAUUUCCCCUAAAGCCCUCUUAGCCUUUUCUUACUCCUUGUUUCAAACUGAGAGAGGAUCACAGAGUGGACUGGAAAAGAGUGCCUGAGACAGUGUUGAUAACACUUAAUCCAUCCAUUUGUCAUCAAAUGGUCUUGUUUGUGACAGACUAUCUUUAGCUAGCACACAUGCACUGAUCCAGGAGAAGAGGGUCAUGGCACAGCCAUCAUUCCAGUCGCCUGACCACCUGGUGAAACAGGAUGAACAGCACCAUAUUUUGAGCUCUAUAGUAUUUAAGUAAUGAGUUGAUUACUGUGACUUCUAAAACCAGAUUCACAUUUCCAGACACUCACAGCUUUUCUUGUUUGUUUUAGGACUGCUGGCACUACAGGAUUUAAAUACUCACACUGCAAAGUGUCUAUGAAAGUUCUGCUUGAAGUAUUUGCAGUAUAUUUUUUGCCUCGAAGCAGGGGGAACCUGUUAGCUUAGUUAGCCUAGCUAAGUCAAAAGGAAAACAGCUACACGUUUCAACAACUCCAAAGCUGUCUUACUGACAUCACAUGUUUUAUGUAGUCAACAUAUGUAGUAAUGAAAAAGUAGAAGCAGAUAGCAGUUUCUGAGCUGAACAUUGAUAGUACAAAGCAUUUCUGAAUUGUGGUGUUCAUAAUAUGGUUGCCAUUCUUAAGCACUGUCUUUAUUGUCAAUGAACCCAACCUUGAGAUGUAUUGGUGAAUAUCUUGCUAGCUAAGAUACAACAUAAAAAUAUGACAUCUUUGGAAUUGUUAGUAGUUGUUUUUUAAAGUUAUGACGGAGCCAGCUAACAAGCUACCUGCUUCUGCUUGCCUUUUGUCUUUGUGCUAAACUAGGCUAACCACAUCCUGGACCUAUCUCUGUACUGUACUCUCAGAAAUCAUAUAACAUCCAUCUUCUUUAGUAUAUUUUGCAAAAUGUCAGACUCUACCUUUAAAGCACUUUAAAUGUUCCCAUAACUAUUUGUUAAAGCCAUGGGCAAAAUUUGGAGGCAGUGCUGAUACACAAUUAGUUUUUCAUGAUGUAUUUAUCACAUAUCGUCCACCCUAUUACUUAUAUUGCGACAGUAUCAUUAAUGAGUGGCUUUCUCGAAGCAGCCUAGUGUUGAAUAGUAAAUGUUGGCACUUGAAGUAAAUCUUGUAGUGCAGGCCUGCACUUUCUUGUCUAUGAUUGUGUUCAUGAUUACGUCUGUCACAGUGAUUGUCAGUAUUUUUUUUUUUACUCCUCAUUUCUCAAGAAUAGAGGGGAAUAUGUAAUGUGCUGUUGUCCAGAAGAUUGACCUCUACGUGUGUUUCCAGAAUUGGGCAGUGGAAUCAGAAUAUUACAUUUUUUUAGGUGGAAGCUCAGUUGACACAGGCCUGCAAUGGUUUAAUCCCCCUUUCUCAAUUUUUCACAGAUUGAAACCUGAGGUGUAACAGUCUUUUUAAUCUCCAUCAUUCUUUGUUCUCAAUUAUCAAAGAACAAAGGACUGUAAAAAUAUGUAAAGUAAAAACAUAUAUAUAUCAGAGAGUCGUGUUUGUAUGUGUAGGUGUUUGGAUGUAAUUGGCACUAGCUGUAGGUUGCACAGCUAAAACAAAUAUUUUGCCUUUUAGUAUUCUUUCAUGACAUGUUCCAGUGUUUUAAAAUGUAUGGGUAUCAUUAAACAUGUAAAAGGUUUGCAAUGAA